AUGGCAUCUGUUUUCAUCAGCACAUUAUCUCUAUACUUGACUGUAAUAAUCUAUGCUCUUUCUAAUGUGUCAGUAGCGGUAGGGUUACAAAAAUAUGGAAAGAAGGAUCUCGGAUCGGCAUUAUUCUUCAUCGGUUCAGUGUCGUUCUUUGUUGGUUCAUUGGCGUACGUAAUCGUUCCAUUUAUUACACCGCCAUCUGGCGCUUGA